UGUCGGUCAGCCGCACAAGCUGGAGGGGAAAGAGGAACCGGAGAACAACUAAACCCGUCCCCUCCCGUGCUGCUCGCUCGCGUGUCCCGCAAACAAAAUCCCGGCGACUUGCACGCCGCCUUCCUGUUCGUUCUAGGGUUUCAGCCUGCACCGGCGCCCGGCGACUCCCCCUCGAUCCGCGAGCUCCGCUCCUCCCUGCUUGAGCAAUGGCAACGCACGCAGAUCCACGUCUUUACCCUACAGUGGAAGUGAUUUGCGCCGUAUUUGUUGAUCAAUACUAUCAUGUUCUACAUGAGACACCAAACCAGGCGUACAAAUUUUAUCAUGACAGGAGCACGAUUGGCCGGGCACGUUCUGAUGGAGUCGUGGAAUACGUAACAACACUGCCCGAGAUCAACAAAACAUUAAUAUCUAUGGACUUCGGCAAAUACUUGAUGGAGAUAGAGACAGCAGAUGCAAUGUCAUCUCAUAAUGGUGGUAUGCUCAUUGUUGUCACUGGAUCGUUAACCAUGGUUGAUGACGUUUGCCAAAACUUUACGCAGUCGUUCUUCCUUGCACCACAAGAAGGUGGUGGCUAUUUUGUCCUCAAUGACAUAUUUAGGAUUAUGUAUAAAACUUCACGACUUGCCAUAACUCAAUCCGAUAGUCAAGAAAAUGAGAUCAAGAGUAACGUGGGAUCUAUUCUUGAAUCGAGAGAGGCAGAGUGCAUGAAGGACGAUGUAACAGUGGAGAAUAAGCUUGCAGACUUGGAAGUUCUAAACCCCUCUGCUGGCACAACAUAUGAAAAUUAUGAUUACACCGAGCCACUUGUGGAAGUGACCAGAGAGGAUCUAGAAGGAAUUCAUGAUGCUUUUCCUCCUCCACCUCAACCUCGAAAGGAUGCUACUAGCAGCUCUUACGCAUCAAUUGUGACUUCCCUGUUUUCCCGUCUACGUAAUGUGAGGGGUUAAGGUCGACCGAGGAUGUCUUAGGACCAGGAAAGGCCCUAACUUAUAGAAAGGUGGCAUUGCUCUUACCCAAGAAGGAACUGUGUCCAACUUAAGGCAGCUCGCUUUGCUCAGUAUUAUGUCUUACUAUCAUAGUGCUGACAUAUACUAUUGUAGUUACUACAUUCACAUUGCAUA